UCUAGAUGUGUCAUCUUCUGCUGUCCCCCCUGCCAAAUCCCAAGGGUUGAAAACAUGGAUGAAAGCAUCAGGUUCACUGGCAAGGACUCGGCGCCAGAUAAACCGAGUGAACCGCACGGAGCUAGAGGACGGGUUCUUGCGACUUCACGAUGAAAACCUGCUGCUCAAAGAGUUUGCCCGGAAGCAAGAGGACAGGAUCAAAAGGAUGGGCACCAAACUAUCAAGGCUCAGCCACGAGCGAAUGCAAGUUGACGGGAGACCCGGGAGCUGGAUCCGAAGCUCUGGAAGAAACCUGGACCUGGAGGAGGACCUGGAAGGGACUCGGGAGAGGGUUCGGGAACUGGAGAGACGAAACGAGGGUCUACGGAACCGCCUGCUCUUCUAUAAGCAGCAGCUCCAGCUGCAGAGUUUGGGUCGACACGGCCCUUAUGGCUAUGUCUCUCCCAGGGUAGACACAGGACUUCGGCGGGCACACACAGCCGCUGGACGAGUGCCUGAGAAACUACGCAAAGGAAUGCGUGUUCAAGGGCCGGCGGUCAGACCAACCCACACAGCUCCUGCCCGCUAUGGCGAUCACACUCUGGAGGGAUCUCGAGUUGAGACGGAAAGAUUCACCCAGAGCCUGGUCCUUGCAGCGUUGGAGCUGGAUCCUGAGUCGCUGAGUUCCACACACGGCAGAGAUACGGAACCAGAAAGCGCCCGCUCCCUGCAGCGCCACCUAGAGGUCCGGGAACGCCGAGCCGCCAUCCAGGAAAACGUGGAGCUGAUUCGUCUGCAGAAGAUUCUGAGAGCCAAGAAUUCAGAACUGGUGGUAACUAAGGCCCAGUUUGCUGGCUUACAGGAAGCUUACGAGACUCAGCUCCAGCAGAACCAAGAGGCAUUGAGGUCAGCCAGCGAGGCCUUGCUAGCUCAGGUUGAAAAGCUGAAUACCCACCUCAGGGAGGAGAGUCAGAAGGUGACAGCCCUGGAGAGCCAAGUAGAAGUCCUUUCUCCACUGCAGGGAAUGCUGCAAGAUUUUCAGGAGAGAGUCCGAGACCUGGAGAAGGAGCGAGAUUUGCUGAAGGAAGAUUACGACAAACUGCUGGAGAGCUGCCUCAGCAAUACCCAGCACCCCCUAGACGUGGUUCCUCAGAAGGACAGCGCCCCUUGCUUGGAAGAACAACUCAGCUCAGCAAUUGCAGAGAAGCAGAGGCUGCAGGAGCAGCUGGAGAAGGAAAGAGCUCUGAAUGAGGAACUGAAGCAAGAAGUGAGCCAGCUGCUGCAGGAACACCCACAGGACGUUGGCUUCUUGCGGGAGAAGGUGGCCAUCUUGGAAAACCAGACUAGAGAGGAAGACUCUCCAUCCAGUCUAGUAGUUCAGCCCCUCUAUGUGGAAGGUCUCGAGAGAGAGUCUGAGAAGGAAGAGAUGUUUGCCCAACGGAGUCUAAAGCGACGGCUCCACGAGACGGAGGCCGCCCAUGCUGAGACCGUGCUGGAGCUAGAGAAGACCCGGGACAUGCUCAUCUUACAACACCGAAUCAACCGGGACUACCAGGCAGAGCUGGACGGGGUGCUGCUGCAGACGGCAAGAGAGAAGCAGGAACAUGAGGAGAAGGAGCAGCAGAUGGCCCGCCUUCUGGACCUGCGUGGGGCCCGCAUCCGCCAACUUGAAGCGCAGUUGAAGGACGUGGCCUACGGAACAAGGGCAGCCCCGUUUCCUCCCAGAGAAGGUGACCCAUCCGCGGAAGCAGUCGCUGACCAGGCCCCACAGCUGCGGCGCGGGGAGAACCUCUUCGAGCUGCACAUCUCGGGCGCGGUGCUGUCGGCCGAGGCGCUGCGUCUGCUGGGGGACCCGGAGCCCCUCACCUUUUGCACGUACUCCUUCUACGACUUUGAGACCCACUGCACGCCGGUGGUGCGUGGCUCCCGCGCCCGCUACGGCUUCACCUCUCAGUAUGUGGUGCAGGCCGAGCCGUUUUUCCUGCAGUACCUGCAAGGCGCCACGUCCCGCCUCGACCUCCACCUUGCCUCGGCCGUCGAACACGCCACCCUGGCCUCCUGCUGGCUGCGCUUUGGCGAGGUGCUGGGCAGCGGGGAGAAAGUGCACGCCACGGCGGUGCUCCGCGGUCCCAACGGCGAGGAUUUCGGCAUCCUGGAAUAUUGGGCAAGGCUUCGCUUCCCGAUCGAGCAGAUUCUGAGGCUCCACCGGCAGCGAACCAAAGCCUUGGGCUACCUGUCUGCAGGAGUCCAGCACGCCAUGGUGGCCCAUCAGGGCUGGAGGCAGGAAGAGGAGCAGGCCCUGGGAGCAGGCUGGAACGAGGUUUGUGUGCAGAUCGAAGGCUGCUCCAGCCUGUGCAGUCGCUGGUUGGGCUCUCAGCCCAGCCCCUACGCCAUGUACCGGUUCUUCACCUUCCCGGACCACGACACCAUCACCAUCCCUUCGAGCAACAACCCCCGCUUUGGGGACGCCCAGAGCUUUGCUCUGCGCAUCACGCCCGAGCUGCACCAUUACUUGCUCCGGGACAGCCUGCAGGUUUAUGUGUUCGACGAUGAAGACGAGGAAGCAGGUAGCUACCUGGGAAAGGCCCAGAUCCCGCUGCUGCCCCUGGCACAAGGGCGCAGCGUCGCAGGAGAUUUUGUCCUUAUGGAUCCAGCCGGGAAACCCAAUGGCUCCAUCUGCCUACGUCUGGAGUGGAAGCUCCUUUACAUGCCCCCGGAGGACUUCCGCCAUCAGGCAUCCUCUGACUGGGAGCAACGGCGGCGGUCUUUAGAGCUGAAGAUCGAGGAAGAGAAAGCCGAGCUGCGAACCCAGGUCUCGCGAGAAAGUGGUAGGGAGCGUCUGCCUUCCAGUCUCCAAAGGAAAAAGCCACGACUCUGUGUGUCCGAGGUGGAGAAACGCAUUCGGAAACAUGGCAGGCCAGAAAAUGGAGCCAUCCAGCAGGUGGCUCUGGAAGGAGUACGAAAGGAAGAGGAGCACAAGGCGGCAGAAGAAGAAGAAGAGAUGACUGCAAGUCGCCAGGAAUCGGAAGGGAAAUCAAGCCCACCAGCUGAAGCAGCCAUGCUUAAUGACAAUGCCUCAGAGAGACCAGAUCCUUCCAGUGAAGCCCAGACCACAGACAGCGACGAAGUGGUGGUGCAAACAUCCGGGCUCCAGGAGUCUCUGGGACCGCCUUCGGACAGGAUCCGUGUGGAGGUCAUCUCCCUGAGCCUGCACCCGGACAGCCCACCCAUUGCUGAUGAGAACAUCCAGCAGCUGUACGUGGAGUAUCGCUUCCCUGGCCUGCUGCUGGAGGAAACGGAGACCCCCUUCUCUUUGCGGAAGCCCCAAGGAAACCAGGAAAUCUACUUCCACUUCAGCAAAGUGAUCAAAGUGGACCCAGACCCAGAGAGCCUUCAGAGGCAGCUGCUCUUUUCUAUGCUGGAGGCAGAAGAGCCCCAGCAUAACUGGCUGCAAUUUGCAGUGGUGAGCGAACCGCUGCCAGGGACCGGAGGAGAAUGCGAAGAUGUCGGCUUUGCCUACCUGGACUUGCGGGAGAUCCUCCUGACAGGUAGCGAUAUGCUGGAGCGAGAACUUGACGGUAAGAAGCUGGCGACUCGCGACAAAACUGAAGCCGUGUCAGAAGUAGCCUUCUUAGCCCUUCCAAGUGAUGUCGGACUACAACUCCCAUCGGCACUAGCCACGGAUGCUGGGAGUUGCAUCCCGACAUCCGGAGGGCACCAGGGAAGGCUGGUCUACAACUAUGCCGGCUUGCUCUAUGCCACUUGUUCUGGACCCGCCAUUUCAAACAAGCCCUAG